GAACCGGAUUCACAAAAGCAAUCGUAUCCAGCGAGUGGAAGAGACUGAGUCGUCCAGACUCGAGAGUCAGUCAAGCGAUGUCGACACCAGCGAAUGAUCCACGGCAGCCGUCGGCGGCGAAGCCUUUUGUUUCUCCGCCAGUGAAUCCGCAAGAUCUGCCCGUCGAUUAUUCCGGUUUCAUUGCCGUAGUUUUCGGUAUCGCCGGUGUCAUGUUCAGGUACAAGCUUAGUUCGUGGCUUGCCAUCAUAUUUUGUGCCCAAUCGCUUGCGAAUAUGAGGAAUAUUGAAAAUGAUCUCAAGCAGAUUUCCAUGGCCAUGAUGUUUGCUAUCAUGGGAUUAGUAACCAAUUACUUGAGUCCUAUGCGACCAGGAACGAAGAGUUAGACUCCUCGCUUAGAAUGUUUACGAUCUUUUUUUCUUUUUUCUUUUACCUAAUUUACUUUAGGAGCUUUCUAGGGAUGGUGACUGUUUUUAUAUUAUGAUGGAGAACGAACAUAGGGGCCAACAAUAUGUUUUUUUCUUAAUAUCGGGUCAGUUUGCGUGCACCUUGACUAUUUGAUAAGUGAUAUUGUAGUACCUAGAUGAGUACCUAGAUGAGCUUACUCCUCCCAUCAAGAAGAUACGUAGUGUGGAGCCAAGUGAGAUGCUACAAUAAAUAGAUUUUUCUUUAGCAUUCAUAUUAACUCGAAAUUUUUGUAGGGGGAGUGGGUUAUCUAAGCUCGAGGUUGGUUUCGGUUAGAUUUGUUUAGUUGAUUUAUGAGGUUGGAACUUGGAUGAUUUAAUUCGAAUUUAUUAUGAAUUCAAAAGUAUUGUUAUGGAAGAAUUACUUA